AUGUCUUGGAGCGAUCAGCAUAGACAAAAAGUUGUGAUAGAGACAUCUACUCCGAAGAUUGUUUAUGAGGAUUUGAAGGAGAAAGUUUUGACGGGCCCUAGUGAUGUAGUCGAAGAAACUUUUUGGAAAGAAAAAAUUGAUCCUUAUGUUAAGUUGGCGAGAUGGGACCGACCCAUUGGAGUCUACCUCUUAUACUGGCCAUGCGCAUGGUCAAUCGCCUUAGGCUCAAUACCAGGCAAUGUUCCUAUGCACGCAACCCUCCAGACCGCCGGGCUGUUCUUAGUUGGAGCUGGUCUAAUGAGGGGGGCGGGGUGCACUAUCAAUGAUUUAUGGGAUCGAGACGUUGAUGCUAAGGUAGAACGCACAAAGAAUCGUCCACUAGUCACGGGGGCUAUAUCCCAUACACAGGCCAUGGUGUUCCUGGCUGCCCAGCUCUCUCUGGCUCUGGGGAUCCUGACACAAUUGAAUUGCUACAGUGUAGCGUUAGGAGCCAGCAGCAUGUUGCUGGUGGUGACCUAUCCCUUAGCUAAACGAUUUACAAACUACCCCCAAAUAUUCCUCGGCGCGACCUUCAACUGGGGGGCUCUGCUUGGGUACUCUGCAAUACAAGGGAAUAUAGACCUGGCGGUAUGUGGACCGCUGUACGCUGGAGCCCUGGCCUGGACUGUCUUCUAUGACACCAUAUACGCUCACCAGGAUAAAGAAGAUGAUAGACGUGUAGGAAUCAAAUCUACGGCCUUGACGUUCGGGAAGAACACCCGUCCCGCUCUUUGUGCCACGUUGGCGAUCAGCAUCGGGUGCUUGGUCGAGGCGGGAAGAGCUGCAGAAAUGGGCGUUGGAUACAACGUGGCCAUACUUGCGUACGCAGCACAUGCUAUUAGACAGUUGUAUACCCUGGAUACAGAAAAUCCAGACGAUUGCGCCUCAAAGUUCAAGUCAAAUUCGGCCAUUGGUCUAAUUAUACUGCUAGGUAUAUUAGCCGGGGGCUAUAGCAAAUAUACAGAUAAUAAAAGAAAUAACCCCGAACAACACGCCACAGGCAGUUGCUUUUUUAGUUAA